AUGCAGGACCCGAACCUCAUGAUGAGAAACACUGACGAACACAGCGGGUCACAGCUUUACAGAGCCAGUCUCGGUCUCGUGAUGGAGCCCAGUGUCCGGGACAGCGCGGAGUCCAGCUCCAAAGAGAGCGGGUUCUCCGGUUCCAGCCUCAAACCGAACCACGUGGGGCAGACGGUGCUGUACGGGAUCCCGAUCGUGUCGUUGGUGAUAGACGGACAGGAGAGACUCUGCCUCGCGCAGAUCUCGAACACUCUGCUGAAGAACUACAGCUAUAACGAGAUCCACAACCGGCGCGUGGCCCUCGGCAUCACGUGCGUGCAGUGCACCCCGGUGCAGCUGGAGAUCCUCCGCAGAGCGGGGGCCAUGCCCAUCUCCUCCCGCCGCUGUGGGAUGAUCACGAACCGUGAGGCCGAGCGUUUGUGCAAGUCUUUCCUCGGGGCGCACUCUCCCCCGAAGCUCCCGGAGAACUUCGCAUUUGAUGUUUCUCACGAGUGCGCGUGGGGCAGCCGUGGGAGCUUCAUCCCCGCGCGCUACAACAGCUCCCGCGCAAAGUGCAUCAAGUGCUGCUUCUGCAACAUGUACUUCUCCCCGAACAAGUUCAUCUUCCACUCGCACCGCACUCCUGACGCCAAGUACACGCAGCCGGACGCUGCCAACUUCAACUCGUGGAGACGUCACCUGAAGCUCACGGACCCAGGCUCCGCCACCGACGUGGCUCACGCGUGGGAGGACGUCAAGGCCAUGUUUAACGGAGGCAGCAGGAAGAGAACUCUCCCGUCCUGCUCCGAGGCCCCGUUAAAGACGCACGUGCCGCAGAGGCCACCGGAGGUCCCCGCGAAGAUCCUGAACUGUGAGGAGCCGCGGGGCCCCGCGCGGAGCUACCCGGUCAUCCCGGUACCGAGCAAAGGCUUCGGGAUGUUACAGAAGCUGCCUCCGCCGCUCUUCCCGUCGCCGUACAGUUUCCCCACGUUCGGUUUGUGUCCAAAGAAAGAUGAGGAGCGGCCCACGCUGCCCGGUGUCCUGUGGCACAGCACGGCCAAGGACCCUUACCCACCGUUCCCGGUGUUCUGGCCUCUGCCGCCGUACCCUCCACGCGGACACGCACCCAGACACGUGGAUUCGGACGUGGACGUGGAGCACUGUGACCACAGCUCCAACACGUCAAAGGACAGUGCGCUGCUGGACACGGACCGCUGCUCGAGCACUCAGUCGUUACGUAACGAGGAGGAGAAGUCUGGAGACGAGGCGCGUGCCUCCGACGGCUCCGUGACGCCGCUGGCGCCGCGUAAACUCAGCUACGUGUCUGCGUUCCGGCCCGUGAUCAAAGACACCGACUGCAUCGCGCGCCUGUACGGGCCCCGUGGCACAUGCCGGCCCGGGUACCUGUCCCCGGACUUUCUGAGCGAGAGCUCAAGCUUCAGGUCCACGUCCCCGUGUGCGUCCCCGUGCGCGGAGAGCGACGGGGACGCGGACGUGGACGUGGAGACGCACAGAGGCGCAGAACAGGAAGAACCUCUGCACGUGCCAUCAGCGUGUCCCUCUACGCCUCCACGAGCCCCAGAACACAAGCAUGACGUCACCGACAUCAAAGACAUCACCGACAUCACUGACGUCACUGACAUUACCCCCCACGAGGCCCCGCGACCCCCGCCUCACAGAGAGCACCUGCCGCCAGAGAGCUGCUUCACAGAGGUGUUUCCUGCGCAGGCGCAGAGGAGCCGCGCAUUCCUCAGCUCCGCGGUGCUGUGUGCGCAGGAUGAAAGCGGCGGAAAAGAGGAGCCGUCCUCCACCGUGGAGGAGCACAGCGGGGACGAGACGCAGCAGGACUCGGGGGACGGGGACGCGCACGCGGCCGCGCACAGAGGGCUACAGAGUCUGGCUAAAGAGGAAUUACAGAAGCAGCUUUUGGAGCAGGUGGAGCUGAGGAAGAAGCUGGAGCGGGAGUUUCAGAGCCUCAAAGCCUGGUGUUAUGCAGAUAACUUCCAAGACCAGAUGAAGAGGGAGCUGUCGUACCGCGAGGAGAUGGUCCAGCAGCUGCACAUAGUCCGAGAAGCUCACGACGCGUUGCACCAUUUCUCGUGCAAGAUGCUGACUCCACGGCACUGCGCGGGAUCCUGCACCUUCAAGUCUCCUCUGAUGCCGCCGUGA